GAAGGAGAAGCUACAUGAAGAGUUGAAGAAGGUGCUGAGUCUGAAGCGAAGCUGUCUGAAAGAAAUGUCUCAUUCUUCCCAAGGAGCCAUGAGUCCCCCAGUGCAGGAGGAGGCCCCCACCACAGAAUUGGUGGAGGUUGUCAUGGAGACAGAGGCAGAAGCUGGGGCUAGUGGCUACAGUGUCACAGGAGGAGGGGAGCGAGGUAUUUUUGUCAAAGAAGUACUGAAGGACUCGCCUGCAGCAAAACACCUAAGCCUGCAGAAAGGAGAUCAGUUACUUAGUGCCAGAGUAUACUUUGAUAAUGUGAAGUAUGAAGAUGCCCUAAAGAUCCUGCAAUGUGCUGAACCUUAUAAGGUCUCCUUUUUACUAAAGAGGACAGUACCAGGCACUGAUGUCAGCGUGCACCCAGGGGCUGCUCAUUUUGACCUGAAGGGACCCAAAGCCAAAAUGCCUAAAAUGAGCGUCAAAAGCAUUAAACCUUUCAAGGCUAAGAAAAAGAGAGGAGGAAGGUUUGGCUUGAAAAGACUGAAAGAAAACAAAAAAGCAACAGCUGCAGCAGAGAUGGGAAAAGAAAUGUCCUCAGAAAAAUUGGAGUACAGCCCUAUGGAUGUGGAAUUUGCCCUACCAAAGUUUCACAAGCUGAAAAAGGGUGGAAAAAUUCCUGUAGAAGGUGGUUUGCAUUUCACAGGAUUUAAGCUAUCAGAAGAAGUAUCAAUGACAGGUAGGAAGAAAGGAAAGAUAAGGUUCCCUAAAAAGAAAGUGAAAGGAGCUGUAGGGGAUGUUAAUGUGGACUCAGCAAAGCCAGAGGGACAGGUGAAUCUCACUCCUUCAGGAGGCAGUAAGGAGGCAAAGGUAUCUGAAGUGGUCAAGGCCAAAGGGAAGCCACCGGAAUUUGGGAUGGCUUUUAGUAAAACUAAGAAAACUAAAGCCAUCUCACCUGAAACAAAUGUGGAGCUAAAACCACCUCAGCCAAAACUCAGACCCCCCUCAGUGGAAUUUGAUUUUUCCUUACCGUCUAGUAAAAAAGACACUGGUUUUGGUGGUCCAACUGCAGAAGGUGAACUUGGUCUGCACCUGCCGAAAGGCAAAGGAAAAGCUGAAGGUGAAGUGGAAAAAACUGGAGAAAGUCAUGGCAACAAGGAGAAACUAGAUUUUAAACUAAAAAUGCCAAAGAUAUCCAUGCCAACGUUUGGAGUAAAAGGGAAUGUUGAAGGACCGGACACUGACAUCAGGAUUUCAGCCCCUAGUACUGAAGUUAAAGGCUCAGCUGUAGAUAUUAAAACCAAAGACAGCAAUGAAAAGAGUGUUGAUUUCAAAGGUACAAAAAUAAGCAUGCCUAAUAUAGGUAUUUCAUUGCCAAAACUGACACAUGGAUUAGAAACUGAAGUUCCAGAUGAAAUUGAUGGACCGAAAAGCUCUUUUCCAAAAGUUGACAUUCCGUUGCCAAAAAAUGGAUCUCCUAAUGUAGAUGAAGAAGGAAAAACGGGUAAAUUUAAAAUACCUGGAGUUGAUGUGUCACUUCCCAAAAUAAAAUCACCAGAAGUAGAUGCUGAAGUUGAAGGACUUCAUGGAAAAGGUGGGAAGCUGAAAAUGCCCACAAUUGAUGUUUCACUACCAAGAGUGAAGUCACCAGAAGUAGACGUGGAAGUUGAAGGACAUGCUGGUAAAGGUGGGAAAUUCAAAAUGCCCACAAUUGAUGUUUCACUCCCAAAAGUAAAAUCACCAGAACUAGACGUGGAAGUUGAAGGACAUGCUGGUAAAGAUGGGAAAUUUAAAAUGCCUGCUUUUGAUGUGUCACUUCCCAAAAUAAAGUCACCAGAAGUAGAUGUUGAAGUUGAAGGACUUCAUGGAAAAGGUGGGAAGUUCAAAAUGCCCACAAUUGAUGUUUCACUGCCAAAAGUGAAGUCACCAGAUCUAGAGAUGGAUGUUGAAGGACUUUCUGAUAAAGAUGGGAAAUUUAAAAUGCCUGCUUUUGAUGUGUCACUUCCCAAAAUAAAGUCACCAGAAGUAGAUGUUGAAGUUGAAGGACUUCAUGGAAAAGGCGGGAAGUUGAAAAUGCCCACAAUUGAUGUUUCACUGCCAAAAGUAAAAUCACCAGAAGUAGACGUGGAAGUUGAAGGAGAUGCUGGCAAAGGUGGGAAAUUUAAAAUCCCUACUUUUGAUGUGUCACUUCCCCAAAUGAAGUCACCAGAACUGGAGGUGGAUGUUGAAGGACGUGCUGGUAAAGAUGGGAAAUUUAAAAUGCCAACUUUUGAUGUGUCUCUCCCCAAAAUAAAGUCACCAGAACUAGACGUGGAUGUUGAAGGACAUGCUGAAAAGGGUGGGAAAUUUAAAAUGCCCACAAUUGAUGUUUCACUACCAAAAGUGAAGUCACCAGAAAUAGACGUGGAAGUGGAAGGACAUGUUGGUAAAGGUGGGAAGUUGAAAAUGCCCACAAUUGAUGUUUCACUGCCAAAAGUAAAAUCACCAGAACUAGACGUGGAAGUUGAAGGAGAUGCUGGCAAAGGUGGGAAAUUUAAAAUGCCUACUUUUGAUGUGUCUCUUCCCAAAAUGAAGUCACCAGAACUGGAGGUGGAUGUUGAAGGACGUGCUGGCAAAGGUGGGAAAUUUAAAAUCCCUACUUUUGAUGUGUCACUUCCCAAAAUGAAGUCACCAGAACUGGAGGUGGAUGUUGAAGGACGUGCUGGUAAGGAUGGGAAAUUUAAAAUGCCAACUUUUGAUGUGUCUCUCCCCAAAAUAAAGUCACCAGAACUAGAGGUGGAUGUAGAAGGAGAUGCUGAAAAGAGUGGGAAAUUUAAAAUGCCCACAAUUGAUGUUUCACUACCAAAAGUGAAGUCACCAGAAAUAGACGUGGAAGUGGAAGGACAUGCUGGUAAAGGCGGGAAGUUGAAAAUGCCCACAAUUGAUGUUUCACUGCCAAAAGUAAAAUCACCAGAAGUAGACGUGGAAGUUGAAGGAGAUGCUGGCAAAGGUGGGAAAUUUAAAAUCCCUACUUUUGAUGUGUCACUUCCCCAAAUGAAGUCACCAGAACUGAAGGUGGAUGUUGAAGGACGUGCUGGUAAAGAUGGGAAAUUUAAAAUGCCAACUUUUGAUGUGUCUCUCCCCAAAAUAAAGUCACCAGAACUAGACGUGGAAGUGGAAGGACAUGCUGGUAAAGGUGGGAAGUUGAAAAUGCCCACAAUUGAUGUUUCAUUGCCAAAAGUAAAAUCACCAGAAGUAGACGUGGAAGUUGAAGGAGAUGCUGGCAAAGGUGGGAAAUUUAAAAUGCCUACUUUUGAUGUGUCUCUUCCCAAAAUGAAGUCACCAGAACUGGAGGUGGAUGUUGAAGGACGUGCUGGCAAAGGUGGGAAAUUUAAAAUCCCUACUUUUGAUGUGUCACUUCCCAAAAUGAAGUCACCAGAACUGGAGGUGGAUGUUGAAGGAAUUCCUGGUAAGGAUGGGAAAUUUAAAAUGCCAACUUUUGAUGUGUCUCUCCCCAAAAUAAAGUCACCAGAACUAGAGGUGGAUGUUGAAGGACAUGCUGAAAAGAGUGGGAAAUUUAAAAUGCCCACAAUUGAUGUUUCACUACCAAAAGUGAAGUCACCAGAAAUAGACGUGGAAGUGGAAGGACAUGCUGGUAAAGGUGGGAAGUUGAAAAUGCCCACAAUUGAUGUUUCACUACCAAAAGUAAAAUCACCAGAACUGGAGGUGGAAGUUGAAGGACAUGCUGGCAAAGGUGGCAAAUUUAAAAUCCCUACUUUUGAUGUGUCACUUCCCAAAAUGAAGUCACCAGAACUAGACGUGGAUGUUGAAGGACAUGCUGGUAAAGGUGGAAAAUUUAAAAUGCCGACCUUUGAUGUGUCUCUCCCCAAAAUAAAGUCCCCAGAACUAGACGUGGAUGUUGAAGGACUUCCUGGUAAAGGUGGGAAGCUGAAAAUGCCCACAAUUGAUGUUUCAUUGCCAAAAGUAAAAUCACCAGAACUAGACGUGGAAGUUGAAGGAGAUGCUGGCAAAGGUGGCAAAUUUAAAAUCCCUACUUUUGAUGUGUCACUUCCCAAAAUAAAGUCACCAGAACUAGACGUGGAUGUUGAAGGACAUGCUGAAAAGGGUGGGAAAUUUAAAAUGCCCACAAUUGAUGUUUCACUACCAAAAGUAAAAUCACCAGAACUAGACGUGGAUGUUGAAGGACGUGCUGGUAAAGGUGGCAAAUUUAAAAUGCCAACUUUUGAUGUGUCACUUCCCAAAAUAAAGUCACCAGAACUAGACGUGGAUGUUGAAGGACAUGCUGAAAAGGGUGGGAAAUUUAAAAUGCCCACAAUUGAUGUUUCACUACCAAAAGUAAAAUCACCAGAAGUAGACGUGGAAGUUGAAGGAGAUGCUGGCAAAGGUGGAAAAUUUAAAAUCCCUACUUUUGAUGUGUCUCUUCCCAAAAUGAAGUCACCAGAACUGGAGGUGGAUGUUGAAGGACGUGCUAGUAAAGGUACGAAAUUUAAAAUGCCGACCUUUGAUGUGUCGCUUCCCAAAAUAAAGCCACCAGAACUAGACGUGGAUGUUGAAGGACAUGCUGGUAAAGGUGGAAAAUUUAAAAUACCGACUUUUGAUGUGUCGCUUCCCAAAAUGAAGUCACCAGAACUAGAGGUGGAAGUUGAAGGACAUGUUGGUAAAGGUGGGAAGCUCAAAAUGCCCUCAGUUGAUGUUUCACUGCCAAAGAUGAAGUCACCAGAACUUGACGUAGAUGUUGAAGGACUUCCUGAUAAAGAUGGGAAAUUCAAAAUGCCCACAAUUGAUGCUUCGCUACCAAAAGUGAAGUCACCAGAAAUAGACGUGGAAGCGGAAGGACAUGCUGGUAAAGGCGGGAAGUUGAAAAUGCCUACAAUUGAUGUUUCGCUACCAAAAGUAAAAUCACCAGAACUAGAGGUGGAAGUUGAAGGACAUGCUGGCAAAGGUGGGAAAUUUAAAAUGCCUACUUUUGAUGUGUCACUUCCCAAAAUGAAGUCACCAGAACUGGAGGUGGAUGUUGAAGGACUUCCUGGUAAAGGUGGGAAGUUGAAAAUGCCCACAAUUGAUGUUUCACUACCAAAAGUGAAGUCACCAGAAAUAGACGUGGAAGUGGAAGGACAUGCUGGUAAAGGCGGGAAGUUGAAAAUGCCCACAAUUGAUGUUUCACUGCCAAAAGUAAAAUCACCAGAACUAGACGUGGAAGUUGAAGGACAUGCUGGCAAAGGUGGGAAAUUUAAAAUGCCGACCUUUGAUGUGUCACUUCCCAAAAUGAAGUCACCAGAACUGGAGGUGGAUGUUGAAGGACGUGCUGGUAAAGAUGGGAAAUUUAAAAUGCCAACUUUUGAUGUGUCUCUCCCCAAAAUAAAGUCACCAGAACUAGACAUGGAUGUUGAAGGACAUGCUGAAAAGGGUGGGAAAUUUAAAAUGCCCACAAUUGAUGUUUCACUGCCAAAAGUAAAAUCACCAGAAGUAGAGGUGGAAGUUGAAGGAGAUGCUGGCAAAGGUGGAAAAUUUAAAAUCCCUACUUUUGAUGUGUCUCUUCCCAAAAUGAAGUCACCAGAACUGGAUGUGGAUGUUGAAGGACGUGCUAGUAAAGGUACGAAAUUUAAAAUGCCAACUUUUGAUGUGUCUCUCCCCAAAAUAAAGCCACCAGAAAUAGACGUGGAAGUGGAAGGACAUGCUGGUAAAGGCGGGAAGUUGAAAAUGCCCACAAUUGAUGUUUCACUGCCAAAAGUAAAAUCACCAGAACUAGACGUGGAAGUUGAAGGACAUGCUGGCAAAGGUGGGAAAUUUAAAAUGCCGACCUUUGAUGUGUCACUUCCCAAAAUGAAGUCACCAGAACUGGAGGUGGAUGUUGAAGGACGUGCUGGUAAAGAUGGGAAAUUUAAAAUGCCAACUUUUGAUGUGUCUCUCCCCAAAAUAAAGUCACCAGAACUAGACAUGGAUGUUGAAGGACAUGCUGAAAAGGGUGGGAAAUUUAAAAUGCCCACAAUUGAUGUUUCACUGCCAAAAGUAAAAUCACCAGAAGUAGAGGUGGAAGUUGAAGGAGAUGCUGGCAAAGGUGGAAAAUUUAAAAUCCCUACUUUUGAUGUGUCUCUUCCCAAAAUGAAGUCACCAGAACUGGAUGUGGAUGUUGAAGGACGUGCUAGUAAAGGUACGAAAUUUAAAAUGCCAACUUUUGAUGUGUCUCUCCCCAAAAUAAAGCCACCAGAACUAGACGUGGAUGUUGAAGGACAUGCUGGUAAAGGUGGGAAAUUCAAAAUGCCCACAAUUGAUGUUUCACUCCCAAAAGUAAAAUCACCAGAACUAGACGUGGAAGUUGAAGGACAUGCUGGUAAAGAUGGGAAAUUUAAAAUGCCUGCUUUUGAUGUGUCACUUCCCAAAAUAAAGUCACCAGAAGUAGAUGUUGAAGUUGAAGGACUUCAUGGAAAAGGUGGGAAGUUCAAAAUGCCCACAAUUGAUGUUUCACUACCAAAAGUGAAGUCACCAGAUCUAGAGAUGGAUGUUGAAGGACUUUCUGAUAAAGAUGGGAAAUUUAAAAUCCCCACAGUUGAUGUUUCACUCCCAACAGUAAAGCCACCAGAACUAGAGGUGGAUGUUGAAGGACAUGCUGUUAAAGGUGGGAAAUUUAAAAUGCCUUCUUUUGAUGUGUCACUUCCCAAAAUAAAGUCACCAGAACCUGACCUGGAUAUUGAAGGACAUGCUGGAAAAGGUGGGAAAAUCAAAAUGCCCACAAUUGAUGUUUCAUUACCAAAAGUGAUGCCAGCAGAAGUAGAUGUAGAUGAAGGACAUGCUGGUAAAGAUGUCCUUUUCCAAUUUCCUAAAUCAUCAUUCGGAAUCACAUUUGGCAAAGGAAAUCUUCCGGAUGCUAAUAUUUCUUUGUCUAAAAGUAAAAGAGAUGUCACCCCACCUAAAGUUGAACCACCAAAAUCCAAAUUCAAAAUUAAGGGCCCUGAAUUUGGAACUCAGGAAGACCAUACAAAAUUGAAGAUUCCAACAAUAAACAUGCCAGCACUUGAUAUAUCAACUCCAAAACUACCAGAAAUUGAUCUAAAUAUCAAAAUGCCAAAAAGCAAAUCUGAAGCAUCCAGUGACAUAAAUGUUGGCGACCACAAAACUGAGUGGAGUGAAAAGGUCCCAAGUAUUGAAAUAAAAAUGCCUAAACCACUCACUUUGGAAAAAGAGAAAGGAAUUGAAAUUAAAUCUUCAGAGGCACAUAUUGAAAGUGCAGGUUCUCAAAAAGGACCCUUUAAAUUAGACCUAGACUUUGGAUUUUCAAAAGGAAAAGGAGAUGACAGAGAAGAAAUAGAACUACUUAAAGCAGAAGGUGGUAGGCCAUCUUCAUCAUCAAGUUCAGAUGCAUCUCUAAAAAUGCCAAAGUUUUUUCUUCCAAAAUUUGGAGGCAAAUCAAAAAGUGCAGACUUUGAAGGGGGAGGAAGAAUAAGAAUCAGUCCAUCUCGUGAAGUAUACAAAACAUCUUCAGCUGAUGCAGGUGAAGUAAAAGGUAAAGUGAAGGUGCCAAAAAUUAAAAUGCCAGUUUUUGGACCAAAGACAGAGGGAGAAGUCACAGUAGAUGGUACUGAGGUGGAUGCAAAAGUAAAAAAAGGAAAAGUGGAAAUUAAAAGGUCUGAAAAUUCUUUAGACAGCCACGGAGACAAAACAAAAUAUAAACUGAAAAUACCAAAGUUCUCAAUGCCUAAGUUAGGUUCUAAAGAAAGUGGACUGGAUGUUAGUGGAGUCAACAUAGAAUGUGAUCCAAAACCUAGAGUCAAAAUGCCAUCCGUUGAGAUUUCUUUACCAGCAUCAAAGGAACCAGAAGGAGAAGUGCUGCUUCCCAAAGCAGAAGUUGAUGUCUCUGAAGCUGAUAUCAGAAGCUAUGAAGGAAACCUGAAAAUUCCCAAGCUGCCAACUAUUGGCAUAUCGGCUCCAACAAUUAGUCUUGGUGUAGGCCUUCCAACUGAAAAGUAUGAUGUGUCAUUUGAUUCUGGCAGAAAUCAAAAUUCUGAAAGUAAUGGAAAUUUUGAAAGACAUGACUUUAAGAUGAAGAUGCCAAAAGUAACCUUAGUAGACAUAACAGUUCCAAAAAGUACAGUGGAGGACAUUGAUUCACUAAACGUAAAGACUGAGGAUGAAAGAAAAUUUAAACCACCCAAAAUGAAAAUUCCAAAGGUAGAUAUAUCAGUUCCUAAAGGAUCACCAGAGGAUGCUGAUACCCCAAUUACAGAACCAGAAGAUGGUACAUUUGCAAUGCCCAAACUCAAAAUUCCCAAAGUAGACAUAUCUAUUCCAAAAGCCAAAAUGGAGGACACGGAUGCUCUGGAUGCUGAAAUAGAUGAGGAUGGUAAAUUUAAAAUGCCCAAAAUCAAAAUCCCAAAAGUAGAUUUAUCACUUUCAAAAGGAAAUGAAGAUGAUCCUGAAACGUCAAGUAAAGAAGAGGUGGCAGAAGGAGAGGGAAAGUUUAAACUUCCAUCAUUUGGUUUGCCAAAGAUUUCUGCUCCAGACCUUCAUCUUGACCUGACUACAGAAAAACCAAAGUAUGACCCUGUAAUUAAGAAGAAAAAACAAAAAACUGAAACAGCUGGCCAGGAUGUUCAGGCAGAGCAUCCAAAAAUGAAAAUUCCAACAUUAGACAUCCACGUUCCAAAAGGAGAUGUUAAGUUGGAUAUAAGUUUACCAAAAGCUGAUAAGGAAAAAGAAAAGAUUGAGAUCCCUGAUGCAGAAACUUUGGGAGUUAAGGAGAAAGUAAAAGGGCCAAAGAUUAAAGGCACAAAGUUCAAAAUUGAAAUGCCGAAGUUAAAGGUUGGAGGAAAUGCUACACUGAACACAGAGAAGAAAAGUCUUGGAGAAGAUGAGAUGGGGAGUCCAUUUGAAAUGAAAAAAAACAAAUUCAGAAAAGACCCUAAAGAAGUUCCUGAAGAUGACAGGGAAGGGGUGGACAGAAAGUUCCAAAUACCAAAAAUUACACUUCCAGAGGUGGAAUUUUCAGUGUCCAAAGGAGGAUCUACUGACAUCCCUGAUGCUCAGCUGCAUGACACAGAAACCAAAUCACCAAAGUGUAAAAUUCCUGAGUUAGAGAUCUCAGGUCCAAAGAUAUAUGGCUAUGAUGAGGGUAAGACUGAAGGAACCACACCAGCUGAAGACACAGAGGGAGACAUUGAAAAGAGAAAUAAAAUCAAAAUACCGAAGUUUGAGGUCUCCCUCCCUGCUAUCACCCCACCAAAUACUACUGCAGUACUUGAAGCAUCAGAUGUAAAACCAGAAAGAUCUAAACCAAAAACACCCGAAAUUCCUCUAGCUUCUUCAAAAACUAGAAUUCAGCAUGAGGUACCCAAGAUACCUAAAGUGAAGAAAGCAGUAUUCGUUCUAGUUAAUCCUAAGUCUGAUAUAUCAGCCAUACCAGGCAGUUCCUCUGGAGAAGAGGCUGCUGAAGCCAAAAUAAAAGUGCCAAAGAUCAAAAUGAAGCCAAGCUUUGGGAAAUCUAAUUCAAAAGAAAAGGGAGCAGCUCCAGUAAAUGGACAUGAAAAUGGGGAAAACAGAAAUAUAAAAUUAACAGGAGGUAAACAGAACACUAAAACUGAAAAUGGAUCCAAGGAAGAAACAGCUAAAUUUGGGAAACUUAAGAUGCCAAAGGUUGAGUUCUCAUCUCCAUAUUCUAAAUGGAGUACUGGAGAGGAGGAAGCCGAGAUGAGCAUGAAACUGAUGAAAAAAGAAGAAACUGCAGGUGAUGACAAAGAAAGCAAGAUCAAAAUCAAGGCACCUAAUGUCACCUUUUCCAGCUUAACCAAAAAAGUAGGGAAAGGUGAGGGUGAAAAGACUGAGUCCGUGGUGUCGUCUAGAGCCCGGACAGAGAUGCUGAAGGAACGCCAGGGGUCAGAAUCCCCCAGCCCAAAGGUAUAAACUGGCUUUAUCUCUGUGAGGCACCAGAGACAGGCUGAGGCUUCUACAGUGGUUGGUAAAGAUGGGAAGCAUGGCAAGGACAGCAAAUAGGAAACAGAUACUAAAGGAAAACACUCUCCGUUUAUUGGUCCUAAAUUCUUUUUGAAUCCCCUGUUCACCACAGACUUUCACAUCAAAUCAGUGAAUUUUCCCAUGAGACACAGGUUCCCACUUCAGUGCUCUAACAGGGAUAAGUCUGCAAGAAGUUUCAAAAUCGAGAUAGCAGAAACCUGAUUCCGCACCCAUGCGAUCCUAGACCGGCACAGUACACCAGCGGGGGGAGUGAUACUGGGCGAGGGUCACUUCAUUAUUAUGUUGUCGCCAUCUGUAACUGCUAAAAGCCACAGUUAACACUCGUGGAGUUAGUACUUACAGAGGCAUUUCAUGUGUAUUUUUUAUUGAAGUCUAUUUUCAUCCUUUCCUCCUCCUUAUUUAACCCUGUUAAAUGCAAAACAAUUUAGUUGUUUCUUUUAAAAUUUGCAUUGGUUUACAUAGCUUUUACUGGCUUUAUUUUGAAGAACCUUUUCACUUAAGUAUGAACAAACACAUGGUGCAAAGGGGGCAAGUUUUGUAAGUACACUGUAUGUGAUGCACCCGAACAUUGUGAUUAUUAUAUGUUAAACUAACUUUUGGAUAUGCUGUUGGCAAAAACAGUUUGAUGUUCAGAAUAAUAAUGUAAAUAAAAUAAAACUAAGAGCUUUUAUUUUGAAUUCUGAAUUUUAAAGCUGUUCAUACAAUGCAUUCACAACUAUAAAUGUCUGCU